UUGCUGUUACUGAAACCCAGUUCUUGCAGUAAAUUAAUCCCAAGUGUUUGCUCCUCCAUUCUGCCACAGCUCACCUCAAAUACCACUGGAUUUGGAGCCUUUCAGUGGCCAGGGCAGCUCCGGGUGCCACAGGCCAAACUAAGGAAGCACAUCCAAAACCCCCGUGCUUCGGAGUUGGUGCAUUUCCUCUUCGGGCCGCUGGAACUGAUCAUCAACAGCUGCGGUGGCCCCGAGCUGGCCCGGUCUGUCCUCAGCCCGCUGCUUUCUAAAGACGCCACCGAUUUCCUGAGAGGACACCUGACACCCAAAGAGAUAAACCUCUGGGAUUCCCUGGGGGAGACAUGGACCAGAUCCAGAGCCGAGUGGCCCCGAGACACGAACAUCCCCACCUACAUCCCCAAAUUCCACAACGGCUGGGAAACGCCCACAGAAAUCUUCCGUGGAGCUCCCUGGGAAAUAGACAUUGGACACUUGCAAGAGGAGCUCUCCUCACUCAAGCGUGGCCAGACGGCUGAGCAGACACAGGUCGGGGAUGCCUUCAAACAGAACAUCACUCCACAUGGAAAUAGGAAUUUCGAGGCCCAGGGGGUGGCUGUGCCCAAGAGAUUUGCCAAAAUCCGCUACGAUUUCACCGCGCGAAACGCCAAUGAGCUCUCGGUGCUGAAGGAUGAAAUCCUGGAGGUGUUGGAAGAUAAUAAGCAGUGGUGGAAGUUGCUCAACCGGAGUGGGCAGCCGUACAAUAUCCUGGAUGUGGUGAAACUGGAAGAGCUCGAACAGGUCUGUCGUCAGUCUAACCAGAGGUACAAAGGAGACCUGAGCCCCAGGGGCUAUGGCCCAUCCAGCCCAACCCACAAGCUGCCUGCCAGCUACGCCGGGGAUAAGUGGGGCAGUGAGAUGUUGUCGCGCUACUCCGCACAGGACGCCAAAGAACAACUUAUUCACCAAAUGGAUGAGCUGAACGACGAGCUGCUAGAGAAGAUCACAAACAAUAAAAUUCAGCCUCCCCACAGGAAUUUCAAAGUGGAAAAGCCUCCGCAAGUUUUUGUGCCCCUCACCUUUGAAUCCAGCACUGAAGAAGUCAAAGCCUGGCUGGAGGCCAAGUCAUUCAGCAAAGAGACCGUGGAACACCUGGGCAUCCUCACCGGAGCUCAGCUCUUCUCCCUCAACAGAGAGGAGCUGAAGAAGGUGUGCGGUGAUGAGGGAAACAGAGUCUACAGCAAGAUCACAGUGGAGAAAAAACAGCUGGAGAAAAGCAGAGGGGAGUCGAAGCUCCAAGAAAUCAUGAAGCGCCGCCAGGAAAGGAUUGAUUCUGCAAAUUAAAGUCUCUCUGCUUUAUUUCAGCUCUUAGCCCUAAGUAGUGCAGAAGAAAAGGGAAUGAAAGCAAUGAUUCCUGGCCCAGGCCGGAAGCAGCAGAGCUCCCCUUGGGGUCCAGCUGCCAUCAGAGUGACAAUUCCUUGAACACUGUUGGGAAGGGUUGACAAUAAGACCAUGUCCCACUGGGAAAGGUGUUUUAA